AUUACUCAAUAUCGUAUAGAAACUGAAUAAAAAUUUCAUUUCAGAUUUUUUUUAAAUCCAAAUUGCUCGUUUAUGGAGAGGCUUCCAUAUCCAAUUCCCUUAAAUCCAAAUGCCAAAUAUCUACCCAAUUCGAUUUCGAAUGUUCUGUACAGCAUUCAGAAAUUUGAUCAAAGUACGCUUGCUUGGCCGACUUGCCAAAGGAAAACGGAUGUCUCUUUCUCUACUGGAAAAGCGUUCACUUCGCCAUCGGAGGUUCCUUUAGCCGGAACUGAGUCCUUCGUGGUCCAAAAUAAAAGACAAUAUGCAUCCCUAGGUAAUGCUAGGGAAGCCAAGAAGAAUACCUUCUAUCAAAUUCUUCAAGCCAGCCAAGAUCAGCCAUGCUUUCCACAGAGUUGCAGAAUCAAACGUAAAAAUAACGACACAAAAUUCAAAUCGGAUUUUAAAGACGACAUCAUUUACAAUGAUAUAUACGACAUAGUGAGGUCUCAUACUCAAUACAAAAGAUUACCAAAACUUGAAAAGCAACCAGAGCAACAAAAGCCAUUUUCUGCGAGUCCUCCUGUGGUGGAAGUCUAUAAAGUUCGUCCUGUUGCGACUGAAACCAAAGAAGCUAAAGGCAAAACUUGCCAGUCAAGCGCUAAGGCAAAUAAGCUUCAAGAAACAACUAAUGAGCUUUCGAAUUCAAAAAGGACAACGCAUCCGUCUAAGCCGAAGUUAACAGAAUCGAAGGGUUCAAAGAAAAAGAUAAAAAAAAUUCAAGAAAAACUGAUUGAGCCUGCGGACUCAAAAAGGACAAAACAUCCGUCUAAGUCGAGGCUAACAGACCUAAAGAGUUCGAAGAAAAAGUCAAAUAUACUUCGAGAACAAACGAAUGAGUUUUUGGAUUUAAAAAAGAAAAAUACGCAUCGUUCUAAGCCGAAGUUAACAGCAUCAAAGAGUUCAAGGAAACAGUUCGCCACAAUUACAACAAGGGAAAAUAAGAAGAAAGCCAAUUCAAAAUCCGAAAACAACAAAACAAUCCAACAGUUAUGGCCAUUACCGGAUAGAGCUUCCAGAUCAAGAUGGUCAAAAGGUCCAAAGAGAUUCCACUUUGGAGCUGGAAAACUUGGAGGAAAAGCUUAAACAGAGAACAGAAAGGACGAGUGAUAUAAAAAGAAAUUCCAAAGAAGAAUUUGGCAUGAAA